GGCUUGGAGGCGGGUCUUCUGCGAGAGGGUCGCGCAGGACGUGCGGGGUGUGGAUCCCUGCGAGGGGCGGAGCUGGAGAUGGCGUCCGCAGCGGCUUGCCGGCUGGCCUGGGUCGCAGUCCGACCAGGGCCUCUGUGGAGCGGGCCGAGGGGGACGAGAGGUGGCGAUGUUUCCGCCGUACUGGGGAGCUCAGGUCGCAGCCUGGUACCGUCGAGGUCGGUCAUCGUGACUCGCAGCGGAGCCAUUUUGCCCAAGCCGGUGAAAAUGUCCUUUGGCCUCCUCCGUGUCUUCUCCAUUGUGAUCCCCUUUCUCUAUGUUGGGACACUCAUUAGCAAGAACUUUGCUGCUUUACUUGAGGAGCAUGACAUUUUUGUUCCAGAGGAUGACGACGAUGACGAUUAACGGGGCGUGGAGAAGCACAGGAAGGAGAAAGCACUAACGUGGUGGUGGCAUGCUCAGCCCCUCCCCUGGGCAGAGGGGUCAGUGAGCCCUCAGCCUUACCUCACGGUUUGUGACAAGAGCCCAGAAUCCCUCAAUGUGCUGUCCACAGAGCACUGGAAAUAACAAGCAAGCCAACUAUGAGUAACAUAAUAAAUAUGAGUGGUGUAUGAUUGAA